ACAAUUGGUAAACUUCAAGAACAAGCCUAUGUUCUUAAUGGGUUUGAAAAUGAUUUUGAUGGAACAUUUAUGCUAUCAUCUAUAAUCCCUAAUCCCGUGCAAGGACACAUAUCAAUUCUAUCAUCCACUUCUGAAUAUUUGAAACAAUCAGAUAAUAUUGACGUGUUUACCCUUUAUUCUAACUUAUAUGAAGAACAAAACACCCACGCUUUUUAA